GGGUCAGGUAGUCAUCGACGUCAUCUGAGCGCACGGUGGCAACGCAGACAAAAUACCUGUCAGAAUAUCAUAAAUAAGAAAAAUUUAUGAUUAUUCAUAUUUGCUGAAAAGCAAAUAAAGGACGGGUUGGUGAGACUAUAGACCGAACACCAUCGAGCGUGACCUGUGUGUAAGUUAAAAAGACACCGAUUAAGCCGUCGCUUAUCUAACAGGAAAUUGUUACCCGUGAUAGAAGACACUGCAAACCGAAAAUGGAUGUUGACGCUAUUGCUCGGCAGCGACGCACGCGUGGAUUCAUAAUGCUUGGCGUUGGUAUCAGUAUGGUGGUCGUAUCUGUAAUACUGGGAGUCGUACUAUUCGGAACGAUCUACGUUGGUGGUAUUCUCUUCUUCGGGGGAAUAAUUCUGAUAAUCUUCGGCUCGGUUUAUAUCUGCACAGCUCAACAAAGGGCGAGACAUAUUACCGUCCUCCAGACUCAGCAGAGUGGAGCAGGAACCGUCGUUGUUUCUAGUAAUACCACACAAAUGAACUAUGGACAAUCGAUUGUUCCUGCAUACAGCGGACCAUAUCCGGGAACUGCAGCACCGGGAAUGAAUGACCCGUAUCCACAACCACAGCCUUAUGCUCCGGCCCCGGCAUAUGCACAACAACCACCUCCAUAUGGCGUGGUGACUUCGGGACAGUAUAAUUAUGCAGCACCGAAUGAUGGAACAUACCCCCCGAAUGGACCACCAACAACAACAUCGCCACCACCUGGAGAAGGAGAGCCGACAAAGACUCCAAUGCCAUGAUGUCCAGCAUUCCAGUAUGACACGGACAAUUACAUAGUAGUCUUACCAUAGUUCCUCCCUUGUCAUUUUAAAAUGGCCUACCUUUCCACCAUCCUGAUAUGAUGCACCUGUCAUCUGUAUAUGAUGCACCUGUCAUCUGUAUAUGAUGCGCAUGUCAUCUGUAUAUGAUGCGCAUGUCAUCUGUAUAUGAUGCGCCUGUCAUCUAUAUAUGAUAUUACCAUCAUCAUUUUAUGGCCACCACAUCAUCAUAACUUGACGUGCCUUAUUUUCAAAUUGACACGACAGAUCCACAAUUCUUUAUAGCAUACUUCUCAUUAUAAUAUUUAAGAACCAGCAUUUGAAUAUGACAUACUCGACAUUCCAAUAUGACAGACCCAGCAUUCUAAUAUGGCAUGUCUAUCAAUCCUAAUUUGACCCAUCAUUCUCAUAUCAGGCCCAUCAUCCUAUCGUGACUGACCCAUUAUUCCAAUAUGACAUGUCAAACAUCCUUUUAUGGCAGGCCGGAUAUUCAAAUAUUAUACUUCUGGCACUAUAGUGUGAAGUUCAACCUCUCUUUUACGACAGGUACUUCAUAUGUCAGACCCGAUAUUCCAAUAUGAUACGUCCAGCUCUAUAGUAUGACAAUUCAAUCUCUUUUAUAAUACAGGUACUUCAUUCUAAUAUGUCAAACCCAAUAUUCCAGUAUGAUACGUCCAUAGUGCCAUCGUAUUAUGGUCGAGCACAUAUACGGGGCACAAAGUGUACUUCAGUUUAUUAUAGGUUGCGGGUUCAUUUUUGUUAUAAUUUUUUAGCAUUGCCAAUACCACUGAAUUCGCUGCUAUUAUAAAGCAGAAGACGAGAAGCAAAGUUCAAAGCGAACAAAAAAACUGCCACUGUACCUGAAAUCUGCCUAAUUGAAAACGUAAUUCUUGAAAUGCAUUCCAUCCGGGCAUUCACGUUCUCUUACGGUGAAAUGGAAAAGAAAUGUGUUUUGUUAUAUCAGAAAUGUAAUCACAUACAUUGUGAGUGUAUUAGUGACUGGUACAGUACCAAAUGUCGAGCAAGUAGUACGAGAAAAAAAAUGACACUAGCACACAUACUAAAAAAAGUCUAAUUUCAACCCAUGAAAACCGCUGACGGGAGAGAAAAGAUCAUAUAUUCGAGGAUUCGCCAUUCGUUUUUAGUUCACCUGUAUGCCAAUGAGACAUACAACGUAGAUGGCGCAUUUCUUACCGCUGACUGGAUAUAAUUGUGGGCGUGUCUGAAGCGUGCAAGAUAUACUCUUCCGUAUUUUCAAAUACAUUGUAUGCACAUACAUGCUUCGGGGCCUAGGUGCAGGUAGUGAGAAUACACCAUAGUCACUGAUGACGUCAUAAAAUUCACUGGUAUUGGCAAUGGUGUAAUAUAACUAUAAAUAUUCAAUAAUGUUAGUUUUUGUGUAGUGAUUAUUUACUCAAGAUUAUGUGCUAUAUAUCUCAUAUAUACUCACAAUAACCGGAAAUAUACAUACAUGAAUACUUGACAAA